UUACGAAAGAGCAGUUACGAAUAGCAGCGAAAGAAAGACUCUUCAUUCCAAUCUCUCUCUCUCUCUCUCUCGACUCUCCCUCCUUAUCUUCUUUUCUCUUCUUCUUCGAUCUUCUUCUUCUUCAGUUAUAAUCUCCUCCGAUAUCAUCCAUGCUAAUCCUAAUCCUAAUUAACACCAUUUUUUCUUCUUCCUUUCUCGCCGCUUCCCCUACCCUACCUUACCUAGCUCCAUCUUUACAAUCCUCUAAUUUUUCCGUCUUCUUUGUUUUAGCUGAGAUUAGAUGAUGGGAAGAUUAUAUGAGACUAGAAACCGCCGUCCUUCCUUCGUUCUUGAUUCCGAUAUACAUAUGCCCGCAUAAUCUUCUCUGAUCUCAGCUCCUAGGAUCUUUUCUUCAUAAAGUUGGGAGCUUUGAACGAGGUAGUGUGGGAAUUACUGGCAAACUUUUUCUUAGUGAUUGAUCAGCUGCAGGAUCUUAUGUAAUCUCAUCAUCCCUCACUUUCUUGAUCAUCUAUCGUUUCACAUACUAUACAUACCCAUCAUCGAAUCUCAUCGAUCUGUUUACUAGUAGCUGGGGUUAGUUUGUUUCAAUGGUGGAAGAGUUAGAGAAUCAGCUGUCACAGGAAACAAUAAUCAAGAAGGGUCAGCUGCGGUUUGAUGGAGGUGAUGGGAGGCGGCUGAGUAUAAAGCUCAAGAAUGUUCCCAAGGAGGAGGAUCAGGAAGAAGAAGAAGAAGAGGGGUAUGAGGUUUUUGAUGGUGAGAGUGAGAAAAAGAUUAUUACCCGGAUCUGCCAUGUCUGUAACAAAGGGUUUAGCUCCGGGAAAGCUUUGGGGGGUCAUAUGAGGAUUCAUGGCCAGCAGUACAAGAAGCGUAAAGAAGAUGCGGCGUUCCAAGUAAAAGAAGAUGAGGAAGAAGAGGAUGAAUAUGAAUAUUGUUAUGAUGACAACGAAGAAGACGAACGUGUUGUUAUCCGUCGUGGUGGUAUUGUGGAGAGGAUGAAGAAGAAGAGGAGGAAGAGGUUUAUGAAGAAGAUGAAAAUGGUGGUUCCUGUUUGUUUGAUAUGCGGAAAGGAUUUUCAGUCGAUGAAAUCACUGUAUGGGCACAUGAGAUCUCACCCGAGGAAUUGGAAAGGGAUUCAUCCGCCGGCGGAGACCGCCGAGAAUCCCGUGGUUUCAGGUGGCGCCGCUACCGUGGUGGAUUUAAACAAGGCUUUGAAGUGUUGGUCGGUGACUGCCAAGAGAGGCCGGAAGGUGAUGAGCGGCGGCGAUCAGACUUCCAGCUUGUCGGAGGACACGGAGGAGGAACAGCUGCGGGACGCUGCUCACGAGCUCAUGAUGUUAGCUCACGGCGCGUCGCACCACGACCAGGAACUCGACAGCAAAUCUCUGUCGUACAAGGUUGUCGACGACGAACAUGGAGACCGGAACAAUUGGGUUAAUCUUGAUUUCACGGUGAGGAAACCUGCUCCUUUUUCCGUUGGAAAGCAGCAGCUGAGAAUUGACGGCGGCAACACGAAAAAUCUGCGACCAAACACGAGCCGCGUUAUGACUAAGAAUAAUGUACGAGGAAAAGCAAAGGCUAUGCCGGAAAAUCAAGAAUCAAAGAAGAAAUCGAUUAUUAUUUCUGGACAUAGAGAAACCACUUAUAACAACAUAGCCAAUGAGAACACGAGGAAAAAGAGGAAGAAGUUGAUCAAGUUGAAAGAUUUGGGGUCUGUUCAUCACAAUGCUGCCGCCGCUGUUGAUCAUGAUAAUCGGACUCUGGCGGCGGAAAAGUACAAGUGCAGCGAGUGUGAUAAGUGGUUCCGAAGCCACCAAGCUUUGGGGGGCCAUAAGUCAAGCCACAACAAAUUGUGCAAGAUGGUCAUUCAAAACUCCAUAGAUGAUGAUGAUCAAGUUCCAUUAAUGCCAUCAAUCCAAGUCACAAAUUCCCCGGGUGAACUCAGCCACACCACCGCUGGCGGCGGCGGAGGUAGCAGCCAACACCGCCACCACCAAAUUCUCGAUUUUGAUCUGAAUGAAGUGCCCCAGACGACGGAGGAGGAAAAUGAAGCCGCAGCUGCAGAUCAGAUUAUGGGUAUGCUCCAAUUUCUUGACUGACUUUAGUGAUGAGGUGAAAAUUUCCCAGUUUUUACUGAACUGACGAUGAGAAAUCAACCGUAGCAGUCAGUUUUGACCCGUACUUUGAAUUUACUGAUGAUGAUGAUGAUGAUGUUAAAUUUUCUUUCAAGAUUACUAGUGUAAAAUCUGGGGGGGAAAUGUGUUUAGGUUGCAUGUAGUAGCUAGCUAGCUAAGAACAAAGAGGAACCAUCGUGGUUUUGGCUCUUCUGAACAUUUCUUGAUCUAUUGAUCACAGCUGAAAGCAGUAGGGGAUUCAUUCUUGUCCUUUUGUGCUUCAAUUUCUUCACGGAAAGCAUGGUUGUCCAACAAGCUUGCUGUGGGGAAACAACCCAUCAAUGCUUUUUUCUUUUGUUUUUGUCGUCUGCCUUUAAUUUGUAGCUAAGGAUCGGAUAUGUGCAUCAUCAUCAUCAUAUCAAAUGUUUU